CGUGGCCGAGGUUUGUCAACCACCGGUGGGGUUCCAAGGCUGAGGUGUUCGAGUUCCUGAGCACCCAGCUGCCGGCCAUCGAGGACUUCAUCCGCACCUUCCGCAACUCCGACGGGAGGCGCAACAAGACAUGCCAGGCGCUGCAGGACAAAUACCUGGACAACGUCCACGAGCGCAGGUUUCUGCUCCUGGAGCUUGCCAUGUACAGGGACGUCUUGUUGACGUUCAAGACAGCAUGCUUGGCAUUGGAGGGGGACGAUGCCCUGGUGUUCAAGGCGUACGACAUCAUCCAGAAAGUGGUGACAACCCUGCGGCUGGACGACCUGAACGCCUACGUGUCCCUCCCCAACGUCGAAGCUCUGCUCCGAGGAAACCACGAGGGCACACCGGAUGAGGCCACGUUAGCCUCUUUGCGCUCACACGUCACGGGCUGCCUCAAGGACAUCCGCAGCUACUCAAGCAGCCAGUUCGGCGACGGCAUGGAGGUCAAGUUCCGCCGCGAGCUUGACCUCUUCAAGGCCGCGCGGAUCAUCAACCACGUGCACGUCCGCCAGCAACCUCUCGACGACAUCGACCCCGAAGUGUUGAGCAUCUUUCCUUUCAUCAGUUCGGGCGACAUCACCAACCUCCGCGCGGAGAUGCCCGAGUACAUGAACGCCGUCACCCGCGUGAGGUCGACGUACCCGGUGCGGAGUUUCUGGGUGGACAACGCGUCAACUCUUCCCGCGUGGUACGCUGUCGUGGAGAAGCUGUGGUUGGUGCAGCCUUCGUCAGCUAUGAUGGAACGUGUUUUCUCCGUCCUCAACAACGUGUUCGGAAAGCAGCAGCUAUCUUGUCUGAACGACCUCGUGGAGACGACGGUCAUGGUGCGGUUCAACGAGACUGACCGCACCAAGGGGUCGGCUGCCCAAGCUGCAGCCUUGGACGACGAGGAAGAACACGAGGGAGGGCCUGCCCAAGCUGCAGCCUUGGAGGACGAGGACGACGAGGAUGAGGGCGACGAGGACGAGGACGAGGAAGACACCGGGAGCGGACAGGACUAAAAGAAACACACAACAAGUCGUGUGUGUAGUUGUUUGACGUCACACCGACCGUCACAGGCCUUGGACAUGACGCAUUUUUCCUUGAUGGUAGUCGGACGAAACAUCGCGCUCUUACUGUUGGGUGUGGUGUGUGGUGUUCUCUUGGAGAUCGUGCGUUUGAUGUAGCAAUUAGUUUUAAAAUUGGUUGCAGAUUUGCAGCGAAGGGGCUCAACCAGAGUACCAUAUUAUUGAUGUUUUUCUUGCUUGCGUUGCAAAUGGCAAAUGGCAUGCGUGCGCCUUGCUGGCACCCCCGGGUACCCACGUUACAGUAGAAAGUAGAUAUCUUGCAACGGCUCUGUGAACCAACGAACGCGUCUACUACUCUGUUGACUCAAGAUAGAAAUGAGCAAAAAUAAACGUAAAACCUGGAUCGUUUUUGGUACAGUAGUGUCGUACCAAGGGUAUAUAUACCAAGAUAACAAGAGGGUCUCUAGG